AUGGAACCGGCGAGGCGUUGCAACGGUGGUUCGCGGCUGCCGGAGUGCGUGCGGGCUGAGAGGCGGCUCAGCAUGACGUGCGUGGAUCUCAUCGGCAAGGUUCCAGAUCGCGGCUUCCUCGACGGGGCUCGAUUGAGGCUCGCGGCUGACCAGAAGGCUCGUGGCUGGGGUCUGUCGGGGUGGCUCGAGCGAUGGCAGCUGAACAGAAGGUCGCUGGUGGAAGAGGGAUCGUCGGGUGGUGCAGGUGCAGAGGUCGCGGCCCGUCGGUGGUCAUAUCUGCCAGAAAAUCGGGUGGCCCUGGCUCACCAUCUUUGCCUGCCUCUGCCGCAAGGUCGCUGUCAGUGGCUUCUUCAAUCGAAGAACGGAACUCCCUCACCGGGAUCUCGCCAAAUGCACCGAAAAUUCGCCAAAACCUGGUGGUGA